UCGACAACAAUUCAAACAACACACAAAAAAACACAAAUUUUGUCACGAAAAAUUUUUCGUCGUUCACAUUUUGUUGUUUUAAAUGGCCCAGGACGGAAAGUCUAUGUCGUGAAAGUGUGUGAAAAAUCUUGAAGCGAUGAUUAUCUUCGACCGGAUUCCAACGAUUAAGCAGUUUUGUUGUUGCAUCGAUUUACGACUUGGAUGUGUCUUCAUCGGCUUAGUUGACAUCGUGUUCUUUGUGCUGGGAUCUUUCUUGACACUCGAGGAAGGAAUUAUUCUCAGUACAAAAGACCCGGAAUCGUAUCCAAAGUGGACGGAUUUUACAAAUGCCGCGGAUUUUGUAGCCGGAAUUUUUGAUAUUGUCGGGAUUUUUGCCUCACUUUUUCUCGUUUUGGGAACUGCACUUCGAAAGUUGCUGCUAGUUCAAGUUUAUGUCUAUGCACUAUCUGUCACUUGCUUGUACUUCAUACUGCUGACUCUUAUCACGGUAUUUUACGAUUAUGGUUAUGGCUUGAUUUACCUCCUAGAAGCGUUGUUCACGACAUAUUCAUUCAUCACGGCGCACUCUCUGGCGCAAUUGUGGAAAGACAAGUAGAUGUAAAUCCAACGACUGUUUGCAACUGAAAUAAAAAAAAAGACCGGCGAAUAAAAUGAACUUAAAUUAAUGCCUUUUGUGUAUUUAUUACACUCACAUCUGAUUCAUUGAUGAGCUCCGUGACCUUCCUCGUUAUUAUUACUCAACGUUACUUCACAACAAUAACAAUAAUUUUUUCUUUGUGAUAAGAAACUUUUUAAUUCUCACAUUUCAAUUUCAUUCCGAGUUUAGUCUCUUUCGUGUCGUUUCAAGAGUAAGAAGUUUAGGAUGAAGUUUUUUGAGAUUCUCGACAAUUUUCCGUACUCCAAAAAGCUGUAUGAGAAAGUUCCGUUACGCGCAUUGUGCAUCGGGCUUGCACUCGUGAGCAUGGUUUUCAGGAUUUGCGUGCACACGAUGUGCUAUGUGAUAAUUCAUCAUUUCGAGCGAUAUGACCAUUGGAUGCUGGAGCGAAUUAGAGAUCCAAGUAACAGUUUAAUUGACUUUCUGGACAUUUCGAAAUACAUCGUAAUACCGGUCGACACAAUUGCUCUUUUAAUGGAUAUGUUGUUGGUGGUGGCAAUUUCUCAU